AUGCAAAAGUUAAAGUCUGACAAUGUUGAUACAGCAUUAGAUGCCCUAUUAAAGAUCGACGCACUGCUUAAAGACCCGCUGAAAAGAAGUGAACUGACCGGCCAUGUUGACCAAUUAAUUACCGCAAUCUGUUGCCAGCUUCGAAUUGUGCGUGAAACACAUCUGAACGAUGAAAGCAUGAAUUGCAAAGAGAUGGAGAAGCUGUGCAAAGAUUUGCUCCUUGUUUUGUUGUCGCUGCUGGAAAUUGACCCGCUCGCUACUGAGGUGACAGAAAAUCCGCUUCGUUGCCUCAUAGCAGAACUCAUUAUCUUCAUGGUCGAGAAAAGGCUGGAGAAAUUCGCCAACGCUUUUGCUAUUCAGCGAUCCGUUAACGUGGUAGUCCUGAGUUUAAUUGAGCACACGGACAAAACGGCGUGCGGAUUGGCCCUGUUGCGCCUCUUGAUGUCGUCGCUAAAGGAUUUGAAGCGAUGUGAUACCUUCCGUGAACUUACGUUGAAGACGUUUUAG